AGUGGCAGAGUGUGGAGGAAUGCAAGCCAAAAUGCAGACUCUUGUGAGACGUAAUGGGAGGAUUUUCCUGGCUGUUUGUAUAAUCCUCUUUAUGGGAUACUCAGCACAAGGUGUUCCAGUGCAGAAAGCAAGAUUCCAGAGGGUAAGAUGCAGACCAGACAUCUUGUCUGCUAACUGCAUUGAAGAAAAAGGACCGUUGUUUGAAAUUUCUGAAGGUGGAGCUAACAGAAUUCUCCCUCCCAAGGCUGAUCCAUUUCUGAUGAAAAGAUUUCAGGAGCAAUCUGGUAUUUUCCAAUUUUAUGGUGAGGAAUCUGGAUCUGGGACUGAUGACAUACCUGAAACAGAACCAGAAUCUGGAUCAGGAAUUGAUUAUAAUGUUGAAUAUCCUAACUUUUCAUCUUCUGGCUUUGUUCAAAAAGAGGAGUUGAAGCAGGAACUAACAAAUGAAGAUUUAAUGCUGUAAGAAAGAAGACUUUAUCUCUAUCAUGAAGUUUAUUUACAAUACUUCUUCUAUGUUGUAUAACUAAGUGAAUAGUCUUACGACAAACAGUUUUAUAAACAUUAUAAAAACCGCCUUUAUAAUCUUUAUUGCUUUUCCUUGCUGAAAAAAAACUUUGUUAAAUGCAACCUCACUCUAAAUGUAUAUGUACAGUAUAUGUCUAAGCUUAGAAUAUUUCUGAAAUCAUGGGGAAAUUUAAUUUAAAAGCUCCAUGAUAGUCUCACUUGAGACAAAUAUUAGUAUAGAAAAGAAAAUGACUGGAAGAAAUUAGGUAUGUGUAUUCAUGCAGCAAUCCAGGAGUCAGACACAUACAAAGUUGAUGUAACUAAAAGUAAACUCCCCCAAAUUUUUUCUUUGCUCUCCCUAGACAAUUUUUCCCUAUAAAGUACUAGUAAGCUUAUAUGUAAAAUUAAUUAUUUGAUAUUAUAAAUUGUAUUCCAUGUUAUACAAUAACGAAUACAAUGUUAUUUUAAUAAUUGGACUUUUUACAAUAUUAUAAUAUGAUUUUAGCUUUCCCUGUUAGUAGAAAUGACAGACCCUGUAGGUCCAAGAAUCAUAGUACCUUCUACAUUCCUUCUAUGUUACUAUUAAUAAAAGUGGUUAAAGAACAACUGCACUUGUUAUAUUUUUAAAUUGCAGAUUGAAUAUUUUUCCUUGUAUUUACAUCUAUUAGUUGUAAUUCUAUUAAAACUUCAAUGUAGCCAAAUACUGUUUUUUUCUUUAAGUGCUGGAGCAUUCAAAAAUAUAGGUAGUAAUGAACAAUAAACAAU